AUGCCAAGUGUAAACUGUGCUGUUAUUGGCUGUUUUAAUAGCACUAAGAAGCUGCGAAAAUGGAAGAAGGAACGAUGUGAAAUUCACGAAGUUAACCAUGAAGAAUGUUCAUGUCAGCGACCGUUUAGUUUGUAUUGCUUUCCAAGCGUCCUUAGAAAUAACGAACAGAGACAGCGUUGGAUAAAAGCUAUGAGAAGAAUUAACCCAGAUAAAAGUGAUUGGGUACCAAAACAAAGUGACAGGGUAUGCUCUGUUCAUUUUGUUGAUGGAACACCUUCCCAAAAGUAUCCAGACCCAACACUAGAAUUGGGGUACGACACUCCUGUUACUAAAAUACCUAGGAGGGAACUAUUUCGACAUUCUCUGGAAAAGUCAUCUCUUGAUUCAGAAGAUGUUCCCAGCAAUGAAGCCCAAGAAGAGGAACCUUGUUGCUCAAAUAUUUCUGACGCAUCAGGAUUUUUUUCACCGACAAUACCAGACCACUCUUACACUAUUUCUUCACCGCCUACAUGUGAAUCAUGCAAAGACAAGAGCGAAAUGAUCAAAUCUUUGGUCAGUAAAGUGAACUCCUUAACUGUACAAGUAAAGAAGUAUAGAGGCAAAGCCUUUGAAAUUGUUAAAAAUACAACAAUGACUUGGAGAAUCAUUAAAAGUGAUUCCAAAAUGAAUUAUUACACUGGUCUAUCUUCUAUCAUGUUAUUUAACGCUCUGUUAUUGUUAUUAAAGCCUUACUUACAGCAAGUGAAUUAUUGGAGGGGGUCAAAACGAGCAUGUUUAAGUACUAAAAUAAAGCGUCAAACUAAACAUGUGAAAAAGUUAACACAGCGUGAUGAGUUUUUAAUUAUAAGUAGAGUUUUGGGUGAUGCACUUGUUGUCUGGCUGCCAAGAGAAGCCAUUCGUGAUAACUUGCCUAAAACAUUUGCCAAAGCAGGUUAUUCCAAAUGUCGGGUUAUAAUUGAUUGUGCUGAGGUGUUCAUUGACAGACCAAAAUCCUUAACAAAUCAAGCAUCUACUUGGUCAGACUAUAAACAUCACAAUACUUUAAAAUUUCUUGUUGGUAUAAGCCCUUCUGGAUAUAUAACUUUUUUAUCUGAUUGUUAUGGUGGGCGCGCGUCUGAUAAAUUUAUUACAAAUGACUCUGGAUUUUACAAUUUGUUAGAAAGGGAUGAUGAAGUUAUGGCAGAUCGUGGAUUUCAAAUCAGAGAAGAAUUAAUGUUACGUUUUUGCAAAUUAGUUGUUCCACCAGGUGCACGUGUAAAAAGUCAGAUGACAAGUGCUGAAUGUAAAAAAACUAAAGAUGUAGCAAAUUUAAGGAUUCAUGUUGAGCGAGCAAUUAACAGAAUUAAGUUUUACCGCAUACUCAAGGGAGUGUUGCCUGUUACAAUGUUACAACAUGCAGAUCAUAUAGUUAAAUGCUGUGCUGCAUUAUGUAACCUAAAGCCUGUAUUAAUUAAAAAGAAACCAGAAAAAACUACUUGA